AUGGCAUUUGUUUGUCAUGUUGCCUGCUCUGUUCACGGGGGAAUAUUUAGCUCUCACAGUCCUAAACUGCGUGAGCGUUCCCUAAUGCUGCUGCUGCUGCUCAUGAAAGAUUUUAAAAAUGUACCUCAAGUUCAAGCUACUGUGAGGUUGGUGAAUGGUUUCAACCGAUGUUCUGGGCGAGUGGAGGUUCUCUAUAAUGGUCAAUGGGGAACAGUGUGUGGUGAUUACUGGGAUCUAUCAGACGCUGCAGUGGUGUGUAAAGAAAUGGGAUGUGGGGAUGCUACAGAGGCAAAGGCUAGUGCUUAUUUUGGACAAGGUACCGGAAAAAUAUGGAUGGAUAAUGUAAACUGUGUUGGCACUGAGUCUUCCCUGAUUAACUGUGUAAGUGCUGGGUGGGGAGUAACCGAAUGUGGACAUGGUGGAGAUGCUGGAGUCAUUUGUCAAGACUUAGUUAGGUUGGUGAAUGGCAUGGACUCUUGUUCUGGACGAGUGGAGGUUUUUCAUGAUGGUGAAUGGGGAACAGUGUGUGAUAACGGCUGGGAUCUGUCAGAUGCUGCAGUGGUGUGUAGAGAGGUGGGCUGUGGAAAUGCUCGAGAGGCAAAGAUUGAUGCUUAUUUUGGUGAAGGUGUUGGACAAAUAUGGAUGGAUGCCACACAAUGUACUGGAAGUGAGACAGCACUGGAGAGCUGUAACUCAACAAAAUGGGACAUAGAGAGCUGUACCCAUUCAGAAGAUGCUGGAGUCUUCUGUAACCCACCUGUUAGGUUGGUGAAUGGCAUUAACUCAUGUUCUGGACGUGUGGAGGUUCUUCAUAAUGGUCAGUGGGGAACAGUGUGUAAAGAUUUCUGGGACUCUUCUGAUGCUGCAGUGGUGUGUAAAGAGCUUGGAUGUCCGACCGGUGGUGAAGUGAAAAGCUUUACAUUCUUUGCACCUGGUGUGGGAACGAUAUGGAUGGAUGAUGUUCAAUGUACAGGGACUGAAUUGUCACUAACAGACUGCACAUUUCGUGGAUGGGGAACACACAACUGUGACCAUACGUUUGAUGUUGGAAUCAUCUGUCGAGGUAGGAGAUGA